AUGCAAUUAGAAACUCACCUCAAAUGGCCAAUUACAUACCAAGAGAAGAAGUGUGUAUGCUCCGGCAACGUCGACUAUAGUUUCUUCGUUGGAGACGUCAAUCACCCGGCCUGUCAGGCCAAGGAACACCCCGAUAUCGGAGGCCAGAGCCAACUCCUUUCUUACAUGCCCAUGGUACAAGCAAAUGGUCUCGUGGACAGUCAGACUGGACAGUAUUGGGAAUGCUGA